AUGAGCCGGGAUGACUGCACUCCGCGGGGCCUAUCCGACCCGGAGUCCCAUCUUGAUCUUGCCGCCGCCCAUCGCCAGCAACCUCAGGCUCAGGUCGACCUUGACGCCGGUCCGAGGUCAGUCGCACCAACUUCAGCACACCAAGGUCAACAUGUCACUCUCAAUGCCGCUCUCGAGGUCGACAUGCUGCGGCACAAACUUCGCGCUCUCGAGACUAUUGUCGAACGUCACGGCAUCGCGUCACGCAUUCCCUGUCUCUCUGAAGCUGAAGAGGCGCGGGCGCUCCAGUAUCGUUGCGAGUGCCUCGAAGCGGCCUGCAUACAACAAAACAUGGACGUCGCUAGUAUCUUGACAAACUCACCGCCAGUCCCUUUGCCACCUGGAUACCCUUCAUGGCUUGAACAUCACUUUACACACAAUGACCGAGUAACUCACACCUCGGUUUCACAAGGCUCUGCGUCAGCCCUCGACAGGUUGAAGCCAGCGCCGUUUAAAUGCUGGCACGAUCAGUGCAUACACUAUGUCUACGGCUUCUCAACUCAGCAGGACCGUGACAACCAUCUUCGACUCCACUCAAACAACACAACUCUGGGCGACUCGGAACUGUUUAGAAAGCCUGGGGGUUCUUUGCAACCCAACGAGCGACGACCAGAGAACAGCAGUGUCCCCUUGCCGCGGGACCGAUUACCACCUAUUCAACCACCGACGACUCUCGUAACGACUAACCUACCUCCUCUCCCCUUUCCAACCCCUUCUACGGCUUCGACAAGGAGAGAAUCUGGCCUGGGCUUCACAUUUCCGGAUCCUAAACCAACAUUACCGCGAACCGGCGGGGAAUCCGUUCCUGAUCCUCAGCUGCCUCCGUUGAAACGAGCUCGUGUUGGACAUCAUCGCCUACAAUCGAUUGGGGAACUCAACCUUUUACGGAACAACGAACCUUGUCUCCGAUGCCGAGCUGCCAAUAGCCAAUGCGAUGCGAAUCACCCCUGCUCACGGUGCGUGGGAGCGCCAUCAUCCGAAUCAGAGGCGCACUGGCGUGUUCUAGGCUGUUACCGAGGGCCGGUCACUUCGCUGACCGAUGUUCUACUCCAAGGUAUGGGGUUUCUGGACGAGGCAAAGUUGUCUGUUUUUGACUGGUCACUUGCAGGUUCUUUUGCUUGGACGCAGCCUCAAACGCCUAUAACACCAUCUAAUCCACGACGAGGGAGCAUCAACGACCUUAUUCUAGCUCAGAAUCCGACUCUGGUUACAGCACCAAGAACUGUUUCUUGGAGAUUUGACUUUCAGGACACGUUUUGGUGGCAGGAUGGCGAGUUGGACCUGGACGAACGUCCUACUCGAGCCAUACAACCGAAUCUCCAUGAUGCAGCAUCCAUGCCUCCCGUUUUGCGCCUCAUCGAAUCCAGUUCAAGUUUCCGCGGCGCUGCCUUCGACCUUCUCGAGCUCCUGGCGAUCAGCGGUCAACUCUCUACGUCGCGAGAGGAGGAAAAGGUGAAGCACUCGGCACUCUUUCGGGCAAAACAGUUACUUCGAGAAGUCUUGUUCUACGAUGCAUCCCAACCGAACCCAACUAUCCAGGGAGAUAACCUUCCUCCCCGACCUCCGAUCGAAGGUGGUCCUUCUGCGGAACGAAAUCAGCUUCUCAGGGAAUGCACGCGACGCUUUCUGGUCUCGUUUGACUUUGCUACCUCAAACCCGGCAGCCAUGGGCAUAAAACAAUGGCUUGGAGUUUUCAUCUCACUUUGCAUAUUCAGCGCCGUGGAGAGAAUCUUGGUUGAUAUUGCGCGCUCCUCUAAAGUUAACGGUCAAAGACCAGCAGAGCCCUCUGAUCAAGUUGCUCGAACUGUUUACCAGGUUCUAGUAUCCCUAUUCUCGAACUCGAGCGACGCUUUAUCGAGCAGCGCCAAGCUGGAAGAACCACUCAUCCACCACAUAGCACGUGUUGUUCGCCGCGAAACCUGGCUUCCAAAGCACAUCUACUCGAGUUUCGACUUCCUCCUCAAGCUUGGAGCCGGUGAAGUUCCGAGCUAUGGGUUCAACGGAUUUGUUAUGCCAGCCAGACGAUACUCGGGGCCUUCAGGAUCUGGUCUUUUACCCCCGGCUCAACUGGAGCCCCCGUCCAGACAAGUCUUCCCAACCUCGACGCCAUUUAUAGGUCCCUCAGGCUCGGGCCUGCACUACGUACCGCUUGGUUCAAGACCGGAGUUGCAUCCUCCAGGGCAGUUUGUGCCGCCAGUUGAAGUGCCAGGGCGGACACGCAGACACACAGUAGGGGACGAUAUAUCACCAACCACCGAAUCGCGACGACCGUCUGGAGAGCCAAUAUCACCGUCAAGGCUCAGAUCCUCUUCUCGUCGAACAUCCUUGCGCCGCGUGUACUGCGACAAAUGCAACGAACAUCCAGAUGGCUUCCGAGGCGAUCACGAGCUUCGACGGCACAUGGACGCCAAACAUUCGGCCACAGUCAAACGAUGGGUUUGCAGAGAACCCAAGAACCCUAUACCUUCUUCGCCGCAGCCAAUCAUUCCCUUGUCACGUUGCAAAGCAUGUCUGGCACAAAAGCGCUACGGCGCAUACUACAACGCGGCAGCGCAUCUUCGCCGUGCCCACUUUCGACCGCAUCGAGUUGGUAAAGCUAGUGGUGAUUGGCCAUCCAUGAGCGUCUUGAAGGACUGGAUGCGCGAAGUACGUCAAUCUGUCGACGUUACCGAGGAACAUAUAUCUAGUGGGGAGGAUGACAUGGAGGAGUUCCAGACCCCCAUUGACUAUAGAGACUCCGUCUCUCAACGGGCAUCACUCGCCCCUGAAGCGCCGCUACAGACGGCCGCAGUUUUAGGACCACGCGUCUCGACAUCUGUUGAACCAUCGAUGCCGAUCGAACGAGCCAGCCCGUCUCGCCGACCUACCGAAAACAGGACCAAGUGUCCUCAUCCGGACUGUGGGCGCGAGUUUCGUGAUCUCGCCUCCCACAUGCUCACGCAUCAGGAGGAACGACCCGAGAAGUGCCCUAUCGUAACAUGCGAAUACCAUACAAAGGGAUUUGCGCGCAAGUACGACAAGAAUCGACAUGCCCUGACGCACUACCGCGGUUCAAUGGUCUGCCCCUUCUGCCCUGGUGUCGGAAGCCCUUUCGAAAAAGUCUUUACGCGCGCCGAUGUCUUCAAACGACACCUGACUGCUGCUCAUCAAGUUGACCAGACGGGUCACAGCAGUGGUCAUCGAUUACCCAGCGGCGAGGAUCCGGCCGGGACGAAAGCGAGGUGUUCGAUUUGCAAGAUUGGCUUCGGAACGGCACAAGACUUUUACGAGCAUCUUGACGACUGUGUCUUGAGCGUCAUUGUGCCAUCUUCCAGUACAUCAGGUCAGCAGGGUCGACCGCAGUCGCGACAGCAAUAA